AUGCGUCCGCCGUGUGUGGCAGUCAACAGAAAAAAGGCUGCGCUUGGACAGGAGAAGUCCGGGAAGAAGGCGGAAGACAAGGGGAAGCAACCAACGCCACGAAAGCGUGUUUCUACCGUGAAAAAAGAUGCGGAUGUUGCCUCUAGUGAAACCGAGCCCGGUCUGACAAACGACAGCAAUAUCGGCGGCAAAGAAGAUCCAGGGCGAGGGAGCGUGAGUCUUGCAGUCCCGUCGGCGGAGAGAGAGGGCUCGGCGACAGGGGGGAACCACGGGGACGCUCCCCGCGCCGAGCAUGCCGCAACCCAUGGCUCUCCUCCUUCUGGAGGACGUGGGAGGCGUAGGCCGAGGAAGAGCGAUGGGGAGGAAGAGUAUGACACUGCCGUGGCUGGGGACAUCACUAUGCGGGCGAAGAGGCGGCAGACGUCAGGCAGUGCUAACGACGCCGGUGGUGCGGAAGUUGGGACAACGCGAGGCGCUAGGGAAGCAAGUGGCAAGGCGACGGGUCAUGCAUUGCGCCAGAAGGACCGAACCGGAGCGAGGAAAACAUCCGGCAUAAGGAGGGGCAAGCAAGCAGUGAAGGGGGAGAGGCCGAAACGGGACGAAGAAGACCCUGAUGAUGCGGAGGAGGAGGAUGAGGGGGAUGAGGGGGAUGAGGAGGAGGAGGCUGAUGAUGAGGAGGAGGAGGAGGAGGAGGAGGAGGAGGAGGAGGAGGAGGAGGAGGAGAAGGAGGAGGAGGAGGAGGAGGGGGACGACAAGGAUGAGGAGGAGGAGGAGGAGGAGGAGGAGGAGGAGGAGGAGGAGGAGGAGGAGGAGGAGGAGGAAGAGGAGGAGGAGGAGGAGGAAGGGGCGGAAGAGGAAGAGGAGGAGGAUGUGGCGGCGGUGAAGGGACGGGGCGGGCGAGGCAGACAGGGGAGUGGUACAGGGAAGCUGGGGGGCCGGACUCGCCAUUCCCGGACGCGGGGGCAGUUGACACCCCGCGUGGCGAAGUAG